CUCUCGUGGGUGACACUUUGUUUCUGGCUUUCGUGACUUGUCCACUAUUAAAAUUCUACAAUGCGAAUUUUACAAUAAAUUUAUAAAAUUAUACUAAAGAGCAUUAGUGUUAUUUAGUUUCCAGACUUAUGAAUGGUACUGUUUUUCAUGCUUUUGAGCAACAAUGUCAAACUGAUUAUUUGAUAUCGUAAAAUUAAAAAAAAAAAGUGAAACUGAAGUCGGUGCAGUUACUAAUCUUUUUCAAUUAUUAAUUGAUACUGUGAUGGCAAUAUAAUGAUUUCAAAAUAAACGAAAAAUAAGUAUACACAUUUUUAAACGUAUUUAUAUUUUCAAUUGGCUCUAUCAUUAAUUAUAAAAUAAUAAAAAAAAACAAUGAACCCAUCAAGUGAUAAAGUGGACGUGGAUAAGAUGAAAAUUGGAUGUUACCAAAUAUCCGUUUUCCUUCUGAUAGGGUUCAGUUACAUGACAGUGUCAUCGAAUCAUAUUUUACCUGCAUUUCACAACUUUACACCAAAAUAUUUUUGUGAGAUACCAAAUGAGAAUAAAACGUAUGGCUGUACCUCAGAAUUAUUCCCAAUACGAAAUCAAACGAAAAAUCUUAUCGGUAGGCUGGAAUCGUGUCCGACAGGAUAUCAUUUUGAAACUGUUGGCUACGAGAGCACUGUAGUCACCGAAUGGGAAUUAAUUUGUGAGAGACGAUUUCUGGCAUCAUUAGGCACGACUUUUUAUGUUAUUGGUAUUUUGAUUGGCGCUUGGCUCUCUGGUUUCAUCAUUGACCGAAUCGGACGACUUCCUGUGUUGGCAAUGUCUUUAUAUACACAAGGCGCACUUGGAGCAUCACUCUAUAUAGUUCAGGAUUACUCUACCUUCUUGAUUAUCCGUGGACUUCAGGGUGUCUUUAUCCAAGGAUUACAAAACGCCAGCUGUAUGUUGAUUUUUGAAUUAUUUCCAACAAGAGCCAGGACCAUUGUUGGCAUGGGCAUGCAGUUAUUCUUUUCUUUUGGAAUAAUAAUGAUUGCUGGUUUGAGCUUCAUUAUACCUGACUGGAGAAUUUUACAGCUGGGUAUGGCGGUUCCUACAGCCGUAACAGUGCUUUAUAUAUGGAUUAUUCCAGAGUCACCAAGAUGGCUUAUUGCUAAAGGGAAAUUUACAGAAGCUGAUAUUGUAAUCGAAAAAUUCGAUAAAUAUAACGCCUGUUGCUCGAGAACUUCUCAAGCCGAAGAGGGCAAUGAUACUACUGUUGUUCAGAAUUCAAAUGGUACUAAUGUUGUAAGCGAGCCUAAAAGACGAUCUCGAAUUCUCAAUAUCGAUAUAAAAAAAAAUAAUGAAGAAAUUGUCGAAGAGUCUACAAAUUUAUUACACAAUGGAGACGUUAUCGAGCAAAAAGUGCAGAAAGUCAGCUUGAGAGCCAGCCCCAACAAUUUGGAAAAAAGACUUUCGAAUUUUCAAACUAGUCAUGGAUAUACGAAAGAAAAAAGCGACGCGGUUGAACUCAAACCCGAUUUACCCUCGAAUAAUUCAAACAGUAAUAGAAAUUCCAAAAAUGCGGAAACAGCAAAAAAUGCGAAUAACACCAUAAGGAAUGAUGCGAUAGCCGAGCUUGAACAAAAUUCAGAAAAAGAUGUCGAAACUGAAAGCGAUUCAAAAGAAUUGGAAACAGAAAAUGAUAUUAGUCUUGUGGAAGAUUCGAAAAAAAAGAAUACUCAAAAUAUUAUUGACUUAUUAAAACAUAAAGCACUCAGGAGGUACUUAUUUGUUACCUUGCUACUGUGGUUCAGUUGCUCAGUGUGUUAUUACACUGUAACAUUCUUACUACCAAGUUCGGAUGGUAACAAACACAUAAGUUUCGCCACUGGCGGCGCCUUGGAUAUUUGCGGUUACACAAUAGGCUACUUUAUAUUAAAUAAAUUUGGUCGAAGAAUACCCAUAUGCAUAGGUCAAUGCUUUUCUGGCAGUGUGUGUCUGACAGUGAUAAUUCUCACGCUGUUACCCAAUCAAUCAUUAGUCUGGAUCGGACCCAUGAAGACGAUCCUCCUUGUGCCGUGUAAAUCAAUAUUGCUAGUUCUAUUCACAUCACUUUUUAUAUAUACUAUGGAACUAUUUCCAACGGUUGUGCGCGGUGCUUCCUUAGGUUUAUGCGGAACGGUGGCACGAAUAGGUACUUUAAUUACACCGCAAGUCUUGUUAUUGGGUGAUUAUGUAUCAACAUUAUUUCCGAUUGGCAUUGCGGGAAUUCUAAGCAUUAUUUCAGGGCUCACCAUAUUGUUACUGCCUGAAACUUUGCACGAAUCCUUGCCGGAUACUAUAGAAGAUUGCGAACGUCUUUUUCGUAAGAGAAAGCAAAAUAAAAAUGAAAUAAAUAAUAAAGGGAGUGGUGGUGAAGAAGAAACGCGUGAGCGUAAUGCUUUGCGUGAAAAACUCUUUUCUGAAGAAUGGGUUGAUGCUGGUAACGGUAUAAUUGUAAAUUUUUCUGAAAAUAAGAACGCAAAUUAAGUAUCCUCGGUGUUUAGUAUCUGAUCUUGUUACGUGAAAGCGUUGUGAUUUGUUAUAAUCACUUUUUGAUAUUUAGCUGUAUAGCAAGCUAGGUAAUAGACCGUGUAAGUGUGAGUAUAUGAAAGAAACAGGAAGUAAUAUAUGUAAACUACUAGGAUAGAUACGCGCUACUUCCUGGAAUUAUUACGGAAACCGUUUUGUCUCGCUUCGUUUGAUAUUGGAUGAUGUUAGCAAAUUACGGUGGCUUUUUCGAAUUUUUUUUUUUACGAGAAUACUGGUAUUUUUGAAUUUAUAUUUGCCUUCUUGCAUUCCUUUUCUGUCGAGGUCGAUGCUGUGAAUAUACUUGAAUUAAAGUUCCAAAAUGGUUCGUUUCAUAUUGUAAAUGUUAAUUAUUAGAGGCUGAGAAAGACCAAAGUAUUUAGGUUUUUUAAGACUAGUCUAUAAGAUGAUAUUGUAACAUAUAUGUUUAAUUAUAACCACCCUUACUCAUUCACGAUUAGAUUUUAUGAUAACUUGUAUUACAUUUAUUCUAACGCUGCAAGCUGUCAUAAAUUUUUACGUUACACUUUAUAGGAACUUAGAAUAAUGAUUUGUUUUACUACAGUGAUAAAAUUAAUAUUGAAAGUUUAUGAAGGAAAUAUAUCAUUGUAAAGCAGGACAUGGAAAAAUA